AUUAAGCAUCCACAGCAGCAUUCCAGCACAGCAGCCGUCAGCUCCCUGUCAUAACAGGCGCUGUGCUGUCUGCUUUCCUCAAUGACAUCACACCCAACAUGGCGUCCGGCCGGGUGUUGGAGAGGGAGGUCCAGGAGGAGCCGAAGACCGCAACCCUGGACUUCUGCCCCCACAAAUACUCCCUGCUGGCUGUCAUCGGACGGACGGCCCGCCACAGACAGACGGAGCACAUCCGGCAGGAGAUCGAGCGAGGUAUUCGGUCAUGGGACGUGGACCUAAAAUCCUGCAACCUGGAUCUCUUUCUGCAAGAGUUCCUCUCCCAUCACACUGCGUCUUUUAAAGGUGCAGGGCAGAAGUGUCUUCGCCACUGUACCAAAGUGUUGGACACACAAGUGCUGAUCAGUCCAUCUCAGGAACUGGCUCAUUCAGAGGUGUUCGCCCUGCUGUCCAGAGACUCUGCUCAUAAGCUGCUGAUCUUGGCUGGCCUGAGUGUGGAGGAAAGCGGAGAGCUGCUGUUUCACAGAGGACACUUGUCUCCUGACCACCUCAGACGAUUAAUAACAGAGCAGUUCCCAGAUCAGGAGAGCUCCACCUCCUGCCCCAAGAUCAAUUUGACCCUCAGUUGUCCCAACAUCGGACACUGGAGAAAGAUCCUCCUGGGAAAUCCACCCCUGCAAGGUCCCCUGGCGCUGCAAAUCAACCCCGAGGAGGUGCUGCCGGCCAUGGAGUCUCUGGGGGAAUUCACAUCACUCAUCUCUGGCACCAUCUGCCCCGCAUCCGCCUUCGACCUCCUGCCACCUCCCACCACCGUGGGGUUCCUCAAGCUGUCCCGCCCCUGCUGCUAUGUGUUCCCCGCCGGGCGCGGCGACUGUGCUUUCUUCGCGGUUAACGGGUUCACCGUGCUGGUGGACGGAGGCUCGGACUCUCAGGCCUGUUUCUGGAAGCUGGUCCGCCACCUGGACAGAGUCGAUGCGGUUCUGUUGACCCACGUGGGCACAGAGAACCUCCCCGGUGCCGUCUCCUUCCUAGAAAGGAAGGUGGCUGAGAAGGAGCUGAGCCAUGAUGUUAAAGAUGACUUGUCAAAGAGGCUUAUCUCUCCAGAGCUAGGAGUUGUUUUCUUCAACGCCCCCAGCAGGUUGCAGGCGGAACAACAUUCUUUUGCAGACAAUGUGUUGAAGAGUACACAGCAGGCCGCCAUAACUUUACAGCUCUUGAAGAAGUUAGACAUCAGGCCACAACCGUUGUUUCGGCCACAAGGAGUCCCCGUGAAGCCGCUCACCUUGUUUCAAAAGAUGGGAGUGGGACAGCUGGAUUUGUACAUCCUCACACCAGGCAAGAGCAGCCAGGAAUAUGAGACGUUCAUACAGAACUGGCCUGACGGAGUCUCGUCACUGUCACAGAGUCUCACCGCGUUGGUCUCAGUCUCUGCCCUGCUUGUGUGGCAUCCAGCAUGUCCUCAAGAGAAGGUGGUCAGAGUGCUGUUCCCCGGCGCAACUCCACAGGUAAAACUGCUGCAGGGGCUGGAGAAGCUCAAAGGAUUGGACUUUCUUCAGAAGCCAACAGUAACUACCGGAGACCUCGAAAAACAGGGGGAGGACAGGAAGGCCAAGAGGACGGAGAGCUUGGACAGUGGCCGGUCAAUAGGGAAAGAGGGAACAGCCAAGCAAGGGAAAGAACGAGGAGCUAGAGAAGAAGGAAAGGAUUCAUUAGUGAAAGAAAAGAUAAAGACGUUAAGUGGAACUAAAGAUACUGAUAAAGCUAAAAUCAAGGAGGGGGGCAUAAAACGUAAAUCAUCACUAUCAGAGAAGAAUACUUUAAAGAAAGGGUUAGGGAAGGAUGGAAAAAAAGAGGAGAAAACUGGCAACAAAGAGGAGAACACUGUUAAAAGGACUGAGCAGAUAAAAAGAGAAGGAGUCUCAUCGAAAACCAAGAAGGACAAUAAAACAAAACCAAAAAAGGAUGCAAGAAAUGACAAAACAGGAGAGAAGAAAUCUCAAAAGUCAUCAGCAAAUGAAGCAAACAAUGACAAGAAAGUUCAUGCAAAUAAUAACGUAACAGAACAAAAACGAGGGUCUUUGUCAAAAAUCCAAGAGCCAGAUUGCCCUGGUACUGAUGCUCGAGAUCACAAGAAGGAGACUGAAGCUGAGGAGAAGCAGCGCGGCUCCAAGAUGUCCACCCCGGAGGAUAUGACGGCUGAUUUUGUCAAGCUCAAGGAGGAAAGCGAACUGGAAGUAGCCCAAUUGGAAACUGCAGCCUAUUGUGAAGGUGCAUGCAAUAAGGCUGGUGAAAGAUUUAUACAGGAAGUAGCAGGUGGUUUGGAAAUAACAAAAGUAGAGGGUGGUGACAGUUUAGUGCAAAAUAUCCAUGGGAGGAGUGGGAAAGCAGCGGCAGACAGCCAACGAAACCAUCCAGAUGAGUCGAUAGAAUCUAGUAAACCUGCAAAGGUUGUAGGAUUCCCAUCUCCUUUGAACAAAUCUUACAAAAAUGAUCACACAGUCCAGCAGGACACAACCCCAACCGAGUACACACUGCUGGACGGGGCUUUGAAGCACUCCCCUCCCUCGCGCUCCUCUCCGGAAAACCAGGCCCCCAACAGUCCCGAAGAGGAGACAGUUGAGCCAGUGUCCCCUGACUCACGUCCCAACAGUGCGGGCCACACUCCCUACUGCCUGUCCCCAGACGACAUGUGGUGCAACAGAGCCACGCUGAACCGACUUCAGGCCCUCCAUUCAGCUGAUGCUUACGAGGCAAAUGGGUCAUCUGGCCAAAGCGAAGAGGAGGUUUGCAAGACCAAAAGUGCUACUGAAAACCGCAAAGAGAAGCAUCUAAGUUUUCUUUCUUUGGGCACAUGUAAAGAGAGUUCUUCGGAUCCCUCGCCGUCUGUAGCCACAACCACCACCACCACGCACUCAUUACCAGCGGAGGUGAGCUCGCCUCAGUCGACAGAAGUAGAUGAAUCUUUGUCAAUGUCCUUUGAGCAGGGACCGAGCGCUGGAAGCCAGAGAGAAGGAGAUGAUGGUGUUUAUCUCUCCCACUCUAAUGGAGGGUAUUAUGUGGGAAUGUCUUUGCCAAUGAAGAAGCCUCCCAGAUCUUUGGGUCAGAGUUCAGAGAUGGGGCGACCCGCUGCACCGAACACUCUCCCUUUUGAGGCAUCGGCUCAUGACGUGGACCUUUGUUUGGUUUCUCCUUGUGAGUUCAAGCAUUUCAAACCCCCUGACUUAAGCUCAGGCACCAGUGAAGCCUGCAAAGAAGUCAGCGGCCCAAAUCACCAUGGCAACAACAAUAACAACCCAAAGGACAGGUCACCCAGUGAGUCAAAUGCCCCUGUCUGCACAGAGGACUGCCCGUCCACCACAGCAGAUGGAGUUUUGGAUUCGGACUCUGAUGAUUCAUGUAGUGACCCGUCCAACUCCCCCUGUAAUCACGACAUGAGUCAGACUUUGCCCCCAGACCCUCUGCCAGCCCCUCUCAGAGACAGUCCACCGCUGCCUCCCCAUCCUGACACCUCCAUGCCAGUUCCCCAGUCUGACUCUGAAGCUCACGGGAAGAGAGCAAAAAACACUGCAACCCGGGGAAAGAAGUUUCCAGGGAUUAUCGAUGCCCCCCAAAAACCAGGCUCAGGGAAAACCAAAACAGGGAGCCAAAGUGGAGCCGCCAAAGGGAAUCUCUCCAGCGCUCGAACACUUUCCUCCAGCACUCGCUCGGCACCAGCAAAAUCAUCACCAGCUCCCAACUCUAAGGCUCCCUCUGCUGGUGAAGUCAGUAUUUAUGUGGAUUUGACUUAUAUUCCAUCUGGAGCCUCCUCUCCCACAGUCACUGUGGACUUCUUCAGGUGCAUCCGCUCCUCCUGCUACAUCAUCAGCGGAAACAGUCCGGAGCGAGAGGAACUAAUGAGACAAACUCUGGAUGCUCUGCUGGAUGGCAAGGGAUCCUGGCCAGAAAUCAUGCAGGUGACGGUGAUCCCCACCUUUGAGUCGGUGUCGAUGCAGGAGUGGUACCACCAAACCCUGGACAGGCAGCGGGAGCUGAACAUCACUGUGUUGGGCUCAAACAGCACUGUCGCCAUGCAGGAAGAGACUUUUCCUGCCUGCAAGAUCGAAUUCUGAGAUGCAGAAUACGAGACAGCUGAUGGAUGGAAAUUUCAAUGUAAGAUUAAAAGCGUGAGAACUGGGGGAUUGGUAGAAAUAGAAGCAGAUGUAAUGGGAAUAUACCCCACCCCCUUUGCAUGUAAGUGGUAAAUAUCCACUUUAUGGGCUUCUUAUUGCAGCUGAAAACUGAAAAAAAAGGCUUAUUUUGACCAAUGACCCUGUUCAAAACAGGAGAGGAGACUAAACCUACUGCAAAUGAUGCAUGUCGCUCUGCGCACACAGACGGUCUCAUGAAAGCUGUUGCUGUAGAUUACAAUAUGGAAACCUGCUUUACAGUUUUCAGCAUCUGAAUCCACCAAAAAAAACGAAUCCAUCAAACUCAGAUACUUUCAAAAGGGUCCUAACAGUUUGCAUUGUAUGUUGAAAACAAACAUUUAAUCUUCAAGGAGUUCAGAUGUAUAGUUUGUGUCCAGGUGUUUGUUGUGAGCGCUGUAAGCAGAUGUAAGACGGGCUGUGCUGUGUUGUAGCUGCUUUUAAAGGUGUUUUGUCACUGCUGCCUUUUUACUGAGAUCGCAUUUAGAAGGAACCAGACUCUGAAAAACACGUUUCGGACCCUUUGGGUCACACACCAGCCAGUAUUAAUAUCUUAAUCCAAGGGGUUAGAUGAUUUUACUGAUUAAAUAGCGUUGCCACAAUUGUAAAAUUGAGAAUUGUCCGACAAUUGUAUUCCAGUAAAAAUUCCCAUCAUCACCAAAAAUUAUAUAACUGAUAAAUUGUAAGUGUAAAUAGGAAAUAAUCAUGCAUUAUGUUUUAGAACAUAUAUUUUGCACAGUGCUGAAUCACACAUGUGUAAUGGUGAUACUAGGAGCUUUGUAGGCUGUAAAUAAGAGCAGAUGUGGUGAAAGUAAUUCUGGAAAUAGAACUGAAAGAACGAUUGUGAUCAAAUGGAAAAUGCUAUUCAUAAUAUUUUUAUUUAUUAGGCAGGUCUCUGGUUAGCCAUUCACAUAUUAUUAUUUUGUUGUCAAACUUUACAUAAACCAUAUAAUUUGGAACAACUGCUCAGGAAAAUUAAAACGGUGUUCGCUGUUGCCCCUAAAUUGGACUAACAUGCUUUUUCUUGUGAAGUAGGCUAGUUGUAACAUGGUUACAUGCUCUUGAACAAUUCCUUUCAGACAAAAUUAUUCAAAAUGUAAAGGCACCAGCAUACUAUUACAUUAGCAUUGCUUGAAUUUGCAAACAUACACUUGCAACAUACCAGCUUCAUCAGGAGAAAACUUGUAAUCUAAAACCAGCCGUGUAAAGACCAUUUUAUUUUGGGUUAUUUUGGUUAUUUUAACAAUCUUAGAUCAAAUAUUGGCCAAAAUGAAUCCUUUAUGGGUUUGGGGUGAUUUGGAGGACGAUGAAUUAGCAAAUUAACCUAAAGCAAAUGCUUGUGAAUGGUGGGAGGAAUAGAAUAUGGAAAAUUCACAAAGAAACUAUUCCAGUAUUGUCCUGGAUUAAAUGAAUUUUCUAAUUUUCUAUUAAAUUCUGCAUCGCAGUAUAUUGGACGAAAGCAACAACAAAAUCCCAAAAGUCUGAUGAGAUGUGUGAUGACAGUUAAAUUAUAUUACAAAUUUAACACUCAGUGCAUAAUACUAUAAAACAUAGUUUAUACUGACGUCAUUACCAAUUCGAACGUUGAGCAUAACUAGCAUUAGCCUGUGCUAGCACUGUUCUGUGUUGCCUAGCUAGCAAAUAAAAGGCUAAGACUCAACAAACAUGUUCUCCAGCAUCAACUAAGAUUAUUAUAGACUGGCACUAACAUAAUUGUACAACUUUUUUUUUUUUUUUUACCAUCUUACCAUUUCAUAUUUCAAUCCGUAUUAGAGGUUUGGCGAAGUUUGAUCAUGUCACGGUAGACGUCGAAAUGACUGCCUGUUAAGAAUUACGCACCUCCUUUUAGUCUGUGUUCGGCCCAAUGUUUAGUGUAAAAUAUCCAACUUUUGUCCAACCCUCAACAACAUAAGUCCAGUAUUUGAAGAAAUGACCCAGCAGUUAUUGCAUGUUGGUGUGUGUGUGUGUGUGUGUGUGGGUGGGUGGAUAUUCACUCCUACCCAUAAUAAUGUGCUGCAUUUCAUUUUACCUUUUGCACAUCCAUUAUUUUAAAGUUCUUCUCUUCUGAAAAUCCUUACACCUAGUCUGUAAAUCCGUGGAUGUUAUUAUUUACUGUGCUUUAUGUGGCUAUUUUGCCUUUAUUUUGCACAAAUAUGCAUGUGACAUUAUGAGUUUCUAAAUACCAAAGCAUGAAGAAUCACAAAGACAGGUCAUUUUUGCCUAUAAAACAAAAUGCUGCCACCAAAUGCAGAGAAGCACCACAUUUUUUAUCAAGUUUCUCUAAAUGAUCUGACAAAGGUUUUUCUUUUCUACAAAUGUAGAUGCAACAAAAAUAAACCAUCCUAAGAUUGUAAUAAUUUAUGAGAAACUUAAUUUCGAAUUAUGCAUCUGUAUAUCUGAAUGUGUUUUAUCAAAUGAUAUUGUAAUUAAACAAAGUCAUUACAAACUUUGUAUGAACAAGAUCUCGAAAACAAAUAUUUGAGUUUCUUCUUAGCCAUCUUCCUGUAUGUGCUGCACAUGUAAAACACUUAAUUUAUGUUGUUUUUUUCAUGAUAUUCAUGAACAGAAAGAGCAAGGCACCGUGGGGUUGUGUAAAAUGAUCUUAUGAAUUUAAAAAAACAACUCUGAUUGUAAGUAGACGACAAAAGACAAUGUCAGCAAGGAUUGUGGUUGUAACAUUAGUAGGAAUGCAAGAAUAAAACAAAAAUAUGCACAA